AUGGAAUCUGAACACCCUCCCGCCUCUGGCGUAUUCUGCUCUCUCGACGCCUUUCUCGCAGACACCUUCGACUAUGUCGUCGUGGGCGGCGGAACCGCCGGCGCGGUGGUGGCAGCCCGCUUGAGCGAGGAUGCCAGUGUGCGCGUAGGAGUCGUUGAAGCCGGCCAGAACCGUCUCGGAGACCCUCUGGUCGAGACUCCGGGGACGCUAGCGUUUCUGCUGCGGAACCCCGACUACGCCUGGGAUUUCACCACGGUUCCUCAGAAAGCCAACAACAACAAAGCCCACCAUGUCACUCGCGGCAAAGUCCUGGGGGGGUCAAGCGCAAUCAACUUCAUGGCCUACUGCUACCCGUCGGCUCGCGAUUUCGACGAAUUGAAAAAGCUGGGCAUAUCGGGCUGGUCGUGGGACGAGAUGGCGCCGUACUUCCACCGGGUCGAGCACUACGAUCCUCCCACAACGCCCGAGCCAGACUUCUACCCGAUCGACGCGGCGACGCAUGGCCAGGAGGGCCCGAUCCACACCUCGUCGGCGAGCACCAGGAACGCCGCCGAAGACGCCCUUCUCGAGGCUCUGAAGGAGACGUCCGGCCUUCCGCUGGUCAAGGAGCCGUACUCGGGCGACCACCUGGGCUGGUAUGGGUCGUUGAGCACGAUCGACCGCAGCGUCAACAGGGGCACCCGCAGCUACGCGGCGACCGGGUACAUUGCCCCGAUCCUGGACCGGCCCAACCUCAAGAUCCUGACCGAAGCCACCGCCACCAAGGUCAUCCUGGACGACUCUCGAACCGCUCGCGGCGUGGUUUUCGCCCACGGUGGCCGAGACCGAGACCAGCUCCAUACCGUCCGGGCCAAAGCUGAAGUCGUCCUCAGCGCGGGCUCGAUCCAGACACCGCAACUGCUGGAGCUCUCGGGUAUAGGGGACCCCUCGGUCCUGCAUGCCGCGGGGAUUCGUGCUCUGGUUGAAAACCCGCACGUCGGCGCCAACGCACAGGAGCAGAUCAUGACCAACGUGAGCUACGAACUCGCGGACGGGGAGACCAGCCUGGACAGCAUAUACCUGGACCCAGCAUUCCUCCCGGCCCAGCAAGCACUGUACGCCGAGUCGCGAGAAGGCAUCCUGGCCAACGCUCCAGGCUUGAACGGUUUCACAUCCUACGCCUCCCUGGUGAGCGCGAGCACACUCGAACGGACCGUCUCGACUCUCACCUCGACCUCGACCACGGCGGCGGCGGCGGCGGCGGGAGCACCACCUCCCCUCGAUGCCCAGCAAGCCAGCAUCCUGGCCUCGCGGCUGGCCUCCCCGUGCGCCUCGGCGAUCCAGUACGUCGUCAUCCCGGCGUACUGCGACACGCGCAACACGCACGCCGACAUGUCCAAGUUCAUGCCGGGCCCGCCUCCGGCUUCCAACCCCUGCGUCUCCCUGCAGGCCGUCCUGAUGUACCCGGCCUCGCGGGGGUCGGUCCACGUCGCCUGCGCCGACCCCUUCGCCGAGCCGCGGAUCGACUACGGCCUGCUUGCGCACCCCGCCGACGUCGACGUCCUCGCCGCGGGCCUUGCAUUUGUCGACCGCGUCUUCCGCUCGCCGCACAUCAGACCCCGCGUCAAACGGCGCGUCUACCCGGCCGAGGCGGUCGACGUGCAGGAUCCGGCCACGGCACGGGACACCGUGUCUGAGGCGGUCACGCUGAUCAACCAUCCGCUGGGAACCUGUGCGCUGGGCAAAGUAGUCGACGAGAGGCUGCGCGUGGUUGGUGUCAGGGGAUUGAGGGUCGUUGAUGCCAGUGUCUUGCCUAUGGAGGUCAGUGCCAAUACCAUGGCCACGGUGUAUGCCAUCGGGGAGAAAGGGGCCGCUAUGGUUAAGGAGGAUCGUGGUUCCGAAUAGGAAAUAUUAAGCUUGAGACCGGGAGUAAAGUGGUGAGCACGCCUUUGCCAUUCAUAGGGUAUCUCCCAUACGCUUCUCGGUUGCCUUGCACUCGGCGCUGAUCCCUCGGCCUGGGAGAAUUUGCAACGAAAACUCGGCCUGCCGGACGCUCCACUGUGGUAGAGAAGAAUGUAUUCCAAUGGCGUUUGUGCAGAAGCUUGCGUUCAAC